GCGUGGGGACCGCGGGCGAAGCAGCGUCCCUCCUGGGUUGGGCAGAUUCUCCCGAGAAGACCAUUUGAACCCACCUGCCUGUGGAGGAUGCCUGCCUUCUGGAAGUCCAGUGUGUAGGUGAACCACUGAGUUCUUCAUUAUGUCUGAUGGAGACUAUGAUUACCUCAUCAAGUUUUUAGCUCUGGGAGACUCUGGAGUAGGGAAGACCAGUGUACUUUACCAGUACACAGAUGGUAAAUUUAACUCCAAAUUUAUCACGACAGUCGGCAUUGAUUUCAGGGAAAAGAGAGUGGUGUACAGAGCCAAUGGACCAGAUGGAGCCAUUGGCAGAGGCCAGAGAAUCCACCUGCAGUUAUGGGACACAGCAGGGCAGGAGAGGUUCCGCAGCUUGACAACCGCAUUCUUCAGAGAUGCUAUGGGGUUUCUUCUGCUUUUUGAUCUGACAAAUGAGCAAAGUUUCCUCAGUGUCAGAAACUGGAUAAGCCAGCUACAAAUGCAUGCAUAUUGUGAAAACCCAGAUAUAGUGUUAUGUGGAAAUAAGAGUGAUCUGGAAGACCAAAGAGUAGUAAAAGAGGAAGAAGCCAGAGGACUUGCGGAGAAGUAUGGCCCACAGGGCAGGCAGUCAGAGGGGAAGAUGGAUUUGAAGUGGCGGAGAGCCAGAACCAGCUGGGACCCGUAAUGAUGGACUGAAACUUGUAUCAGUUCUUAUGGCUUCUGACCUGGAUGGUGUGGGUGUCCUACAGAAGCCAAGACCCUUUGCCACAGAGCUAAACACACACACCUGGCGCAGGAGUUGGAGAAGCUGAAGGAGGAUCGAGGGGAAGGUGGAAAGGGGGCAGGUCUGGUCACUGGUCUGUGCCAACGAGAUGAGCUAGUGGAGAAGCGUCGAUGUAUGAGCAGAAUGGCUGCUCCUUCACUUCCGCCCUCUGCAUCCCCCCCGCUGCAUCUCUCUGUGGUCCACCCUGACUGGGAAGGGAAUUCUGGGAAGUGUUGUUCAAUCUAGCCAAGCUGACAGAUUGCAAAGCCACCACAGGUAGGGAGUGGGGGCCGGACACUGGUAUCUUUUAAAAGCUCUCCAUGUGAUUUUUGUGAGCAGAGGUUGAGAACCUCUGACGGAGGUGAUUCUGAAAUGGAGGCUGACAGAGCCCUGCAGGCAAUUCUGAUCACCUGAUAUGUCCCCUCCUCUCAUGAGAUGCACUUUGUGUAAAGUAGUGGAAGGAAAGAGGGAGGGAUCAAAUAUCAUGGAGGAUUCUGAAGUGUUGAAGCUGGGCGCUGUGUUGCAAGGGGGUGAGGAGGAAGUAAGUGAUGAAGCAACGGAAACUGUGGACCAUGCUUUUGAGAAGUGUGUUUGCAAAGACCAAAAAAAAAAAAAAAAAAAAAAUAGGGCAGCUAGGGGAGUUAGCUGGAUCAAACAAGCACAUUCUCAAGCUUUGUUGGGGAGUCUGGAUUGAUUUCUUACCCCUCUGGCCUUCUUCAGCCCUUUGCUUGUUUCCUCUGGGCAGGUUCUUAGGAUUCCAUCUCCUGCCUGGUAUGAAAGAGCCUGGCGUUGCUUUCUGACUAUAUGGGGGAUCUGGGGAUAACAGGGAUUGUCUUCCCUCUGUGCCCAGGUUGGAAGAUCUGGGGAGUAUUUCAUAAGAGGGACUCAAUGUAAAGUUUCUGAGCUGAGUUAAAAUAAGGAGAGGAGAGAUUAGCAGAUAAGAUAAUUGAAAUUAUUGAAGAAUGGAAAGGGGUGGAAACGGACAUCCCUCAGGAUUUAGGAAGCAUAAAAUAGAGUUCUGUAGGCUGUUUGGCAGUUUAAGAGGAAGGUGUAAAGGGGAAAUUUGGUUCACAUGCAUUUCACAAAUUUGAACAUAUAAGUUUAAUGAUUAUUUUCACAGACAUCUUCUUUUCAUUUUUAAUAAUCGUAAUAUUUUCAUUGGUUGCACAUGCACUAGAGGACUAUGUUGGUUAGUCCAUCUAUGUGCUAACACUCAGAAAACAGUAGUUUACAGCAUAUCUUCAUAUCUUUUGUAUGUUGUCUGAUAAAUUUGCAUUUUUUGUUACUAUCGUAUUGCCUUCUCUCCUCAGUUCAUAAAAAUGGGUCAUUGGUUCACAGGUGGUUCUCUGAAAUGUACGUGCAUUUGGAGAGUGAAAGACUAUGUCUCAGAAAAACUUUGCAAACCUAAUAAAAACAUGUUACAGUGCAAAUAUGGAACAUAAAUCUGUGUCUGCUGGGACAAGGAAAUCUGAGAAUGCGGGCUUCAUGCAGCAGCCCAAAGUAGAAAGGGUGAAUUGGAUGCAUGAUGAUGAAUAUUCAAAAAAUUAUUUUUAGUAGACUAAGAAUCCCUUCACCCCUAAUUACCUUUUUUUUUUUUUUGCUAUAAAACGUGGUUAAAUUGUAAUGUGAAGCUCUUAGGUCACUUCCUAACACAACAAAGCGAUGUGCCCUGUAAAGCAGCCACGUUUUUUAGAACAACUACAAAAUAAUGCUUUCUAGUAUGUAAUAUUGAAUAAUAUUGUCAAUGAAAUCGGAGAAGAGAGCAAAACAGAGGGUUAUUCAAAUUUCUACUUCUGCCAGUCAAAACUAUUAUAGUUCACACUGUUGCUGAAAUACUUUUAAAAAUAGCUACAAAGUCAGUGACAAAUAUAUUAAAAGAGAAAGCAGAAUGCAACAUUGACAACAUUCGUCUUUUAGAUGAUACUGUUGGAUCUCAGACUUUAGUGUGCUCCAGCUUCACCUGAACGCUGUCCCACUGAGUUUCUCAUUUAGUAGGUCUGGGAUGAAGCCCCACAUUUUACAUUUCUAGCUGAUUCCUAGAUGCUGCUGCUGUUAGUGAUUGAGGAUAACACUUUGAGAACCACCUGUGUAGAUGUCAAGUUACUAUGAGCUGUGCAUGCUGGCAGAUAUUUUCCUUGACAGCAGAGCUGGACAAGAUCAUUAUGCACAGAAUAUGAAGCAGGUGUCUACUUGUGCCAUGCUUGGAGAAGGGAAAUGCGCUCAAUGACUUAACAUCAGAAAAUCCAUGCUAAAUGCAGGAGGAUUUUUUUCUCUUGCACAGUUAAUGACAUCAGCUUUGAUACAGACUGGGCAGGGACACUGGGAUUGGUACCAAAGGAGCACCAGCCACAACUGGGUAGGAAAGGACUUUAUUGUGAGUGGAAAUGGUUGCAUCUAAGCAUCCUUCUACCCUCUUUAUUCACAGAAGAUAGUUGGGGGUCAAUAUAAGCCUUUUGUUUUUGAUUCAGGGUCGAGGGAAAUAGAGAUUAUGAAUAUGAUGAAAGUAUGAUAAUUGAAAGUAUGUAUUUCACAUGUGCUGUGCAAAGAAAGAGUCAGCAAAUUUUUUUAAAAUGAGAUAUAAUUGAUAUAUAACAUUGUAUUAGUUUUAGGUAUACAACUUAAUGAUUUGAUUUAUGUAUAUAUUGUGAUAUGA